GCUGGUAGCUCUGCAGAAGAAGUUGAAAGGAACCGAAGAUGAGCUGGACAAGUACUCCGAGGCUCUCAAAGACGCCCAGGAAAAACUAGAGCAGGCUGAGAAGAAGGCCACUGAUGACUUCAGUCAGGGGCUGGGAUUGCAGUGUUCGGUUGCAGGUAUGUAAGUCUCCUGCCUGCUCCAACAGCAUGAACGCAGGCUGGCUGCUCAGCACCCAGCGCAUGGCCCACAGCUGCCCUGGGGCAUCGGCUGGGGUCUAGGGGCUUUAGGGUGACCUCACAGCACCGCACCAGCCCGGGGGUGCUGGGGGGGAGGAUUUCCAAGCCCCAGGACGCGAAGGGAGCUCCGAGAUGAUCCUGGAGCAGCUCAGAAGCGUCUGGGGGAGCAGCACGGAGCUGCUGCAGCUUUGGCUUCGGCUGGGGGCUGCCGGUGAACGGGGUGCGGGGAGGACGGGAGGUGGGGGGGGGAUCGGGCCCGGAGCCGCGCCCGUCCCGGUUCCUCUGCGCUGACGUCACCAGCCCACCUCCCGCCACGUGACGUCAUCGGCCCAUUGAAAGGCGCGGGGCCGCGCGCCGCCACGUGCAGCACCUCCGCGCCCUGCCCGCCGCCCGCACCGCGCCCAUGGCCGCGCCGAGCUCGCUGGAAGCGGUGAAGAGGAAGAUCCAGUGCCUGCAGCAGCAGGCCGAUGAGGCGGAGGAUCGCGCCCAGGUCCUCCAGCGGGAGCUGGACCUGGAACGGGACCUGCGGGAGAAAGCUGAAGGUGAGGUGGCAGCUCUGAACAGACGUAUCCAACUAGUGGAAGAGGAGUUGGAUCGUGCCCAAGAACGGCUGGCCACAGCCUUGCAGAAACUGGAGGAGGCUGAGAAAGCAGCGGAUGAGAGUGAGAGAGGAAUGAAGGUUAUUGAGAACAGAGCAAUGAAAGAUGAAGAAAAAAUGGAAAUCCAGGAAAUGCAACUGAAGGAGGCCAAGCAUAUUGCUGAAGAAGCUGACCGCAAAUAUGAAGAGGUUGCUCGUAAAUUGGUUAUUUUGGAGGGUGAGCUAGAAAGAGCUGAAGAGCGUGCAGAGGUGUCUGAAGUUAAAUGUAGUGACCUUGAAGAGGAGUUAAAGAAUGUCACUAACAAUCUGAAGUCUUUGGAAGCUCAAUCUGAAAAGUACUCAGAAAAAGAAGAUAAAUACGAGGAAGAAAUCAAGAUUCUCUCCGACAAGCUGAAAGAAGCUGAAACUCGUGCUGAAUUUGCUGAGAGAACAGUUGCCAAACUGGAAAAGUCUAUUGAUGAUCUGGAAGACGAGCUGUACGCUCAGAAGCUGAAGUACAAAGCUAUCAGUGAGGAGCUUGACCAUGCUCUCAAUGACAUGACCUCUCUGUAAUUUGCACUUGUUUGGGGGGCGCUUUGACUUGCUGCAUUUCUUAAGCUUUUCUUGCCUGUAAUACCUGUCACUUCUGUGCAAUUCAAUCCUCUCUGUAAGAACCGAGCUCAAUAAAAACAAGAUACCUCUCUGCCUUUCA